UUUUCGGGUGGUCCACUUUCUAUGAUCUUUAGGUGCAACCGUGAAAGUAGAGGGGAAAUUGCAAUUAAUUAAUAUCAUCAAACUCACUUCCUAGUUCUUAAGGCCUUUAUAUACUCCUAUUCAUAAACUUCAGUUCAUUCAUCUUAUACUUGUUUGGGUUAAAAAGCUGGUCAUUUUCUGUCAAUACUAAAGAUACAUUAUAAUGGAAACUACAUUAGCUAUCUUCCUGUUUUUAACAUUAUUACUUUCAUUUAUGUCUUCCUUUGUUGUUGGUCAGAAUGGUCCUCGGGCUUUCUUCGUGUUUGGUGACUCACUCGUGGAUAGUGGUAACAAUAACUUCCUUGCCACCACUGCUCGCGCUGAUUCACCUCCCUAUGGUAUCGACUACCCUACACACCGUGCCACUGGGAGGUUCUCCAAUGGACUUAACAUCCCUGAUAUCAUCAGUGAAAGACUUGGUUCACAACCUACAUUGCCAUACUUGAGUCCCGAGCUAACGGGGCAGAGGCUACUAGUUGGAGCUAAUUUUGCUUCAGCUGGGAUAGGAAUCCUCAAUGACACCGGAAUUCAGUUUCUGAACAUAAUCAGAAUCUACAGGCAGCUAGAUUAUUUCCGUCAGUACCAACAAAGAGUGAGAGCCUUAAUCGGAGAAGCCGGAGCAAAACAACUAGUAAACCGAGCUCUGGUGCUGAUCACCCUUGGUGGCAAUGAUUUCGUUAACAACUAUUACUUGGUUCCUUUCUCAGUCAGAUCUACCCAGUUCACACUCCCUGCUUAUGUUGAUUAUCUCAUACAAGAGUAUAGCAGGAUUCUUGAGAAAUUGUACGAUUUGGGAGCUCGAAGAGUCCUAGUAACAGGGACUGGACCACUAGGGUGUGUACCAUCAGAGAUAGCACAAAGAGGCAGAAAUGGAAAUUGUGCAGAGGAACCACAAAGGGCAGCUGCUUUGUUCAAUCCUCGACUUGUUGACAUGAUCAGUAAGCUUAACAACAAAGCUGGCUCGAAUGUGUUCGUUGCUGCUAAUGCAUUUAAAAUGCAUAUGGAUUUCAUUGAAAGCCCUCAAUCAUAUGGAUUUGUGACAUCAAAGGUGGCAUGUUGUGGACAAGGACCAUACAAUGGACUAGGAAUUUGCUCAGUGGUAUCAAAUUUAUGUCCAAAUAGGGAUGCAUACGCGUUUUGGGAUGCCUUUCACCCAACAGAGAAGGCGAAUAGGUUGAUCGUUGAGCAGAUUUUGAGUGGCAACACAGACUACAUGCACCCCAUGAACCUCAGCACUAUAAUGGAGCUGGAUUCUAGAGUUUGAUGAAGUGAUAAGCUUAUGUAUCGUAUCGUAAUAUCUAUUUACUUUGCUAGGGAGAAAUAGGUAGUCCUUGUUAAGUUAUGCAUGUCAUGUAUCAUCGUAUCGUAUCGUAGUGAUGAGUAAUUUGUACGUUGCAUGUCGGCCUAGUUGUGUUUGGGGGGCUAAGAGGAGUUUUUUAAAUGGAGAAGACUAGAACUGUUUGAAGAUGGUGUAACCUAAUAAGUAAUAGAUGGAUUAUUAUGUUCAAGAAAAUCAAAUCAAACUCCUUUUUGAA